AUUGCCCCCAACAAUCCUUUUUAACCUUAGAAACCUGAGCUUCUAAGAUAUUCCCUAUCUUCCAUUCUUUUCCACCUUUUUUUUUUUUUCUUCUUCUCCCUUCUUUUGCUUAAAACCUCAUGCUUCCACUCUCUCUCUCUCACAAUUUAAAUAUCUCCCUCCCUUCCCUUCCCUUUCACAAUCUUAUCAAAGCCUCAACAAUCACUCACUCACUCACAUAAUGGACCCUUGUCCUUCUUCCACCAACACUAACACCAAUUCAGCGAAUGGCUUCUACACGUUCCUGAGCAGAGGAAUUGAGGACCUAGACAGAGCCUUCAUCUCAACAAACUUCAUGUCAAUCCAAUUUCUCCAAAGGGUACUCUCACUCCUUCGAUCCUUCCACAACCAACUCACCCUUCUGGUUCAGAAGCUCCACCUCCCAGUUGGAGACAAGUGGCUCGACGAGUACAUGGACGAAAGCUCCAAACUUUGGGAAACAUGCCACGUCCUCAAGUCUGGCAUUUCUAACAUCGAAGGUUACUACUCUGCAGGCAUCAACAUCACUUCCUCCCUCGACUCUCACACCCACCUCACUCCACAACUCUCGCGCCAGGUUCUAAGAGCCAUAUCGGGGUGUCGAAGAGAAGCUGUGGGGUUGGAGGAGGAGAACCGUGCUUUGAUGGAAACGAGGAUUCACCCAAUGUCCCUGCGUUUCGAUGAGAGGGUAUCUGUGGAAUCGAAGCUCAACGGCUUUAACGGUUUCAGGGGGGUUUUGUAUGCAAUGAGGAACGUUAGCUCCAUGCUGCUCAUGAUUCUGUUACACGGCUUGGUCUACUGUUUCCCCGAGACAUCGGAGUUCGUUCUCGGAGGGUACGAGGGUCGGUUGUUCCUGGGGUCCGGGUUGAUGGUGUCGGCGGCGAGGUUGCAGCAGAGGGUGGCGGCGGAGAUGAGUGGUGCGCCGCCGGGUAUGUUGUUGUAUGAGUUCAGGCGGUCGAGGGUGGCGAUGGAGGAGCUCAGAGGGGAAUUGGAGACGGAGGUUGGUGUUGGUGUUGGUGUUGGUGUUAGAGAAAGAGUAGAGAGCCUCAGCGUGUGUAUUGGGGUGCUCAGAUCUGGUGCUGAGAACAUUAUUUGUCAGCUUGAUGAUUUCUUUGAUGAGAUUGUGGAAGGGAGGAAGAAGCUUUUGGACUUUUGCAGUCAUAGGUAACUAGCAAGCAUCAUGAGUGAAAGUGAGUGAUGAUUAUGUUAUCAAGAUACAACCAAACAAGUAACUAAAACAGAGUAGAGUAAAUGAAAAUCACUAGCAACUCACUUCUCAGUUGAUGCGGAUUGUUUGUACCUUUAACCCUCUUAUCAUCUUUCUUUCUUUCUUUCUUUCUUUUUUCCUUCCCCUCUCUUGUGGUCUUUUUGUUGUUUACCAAGUUAGUUACCGUAGUUGUAAGUUG